GCAAGCUGCCCUUCUCUCUCUCUCUCGCGGGCUUCACACUCCCUCUCAAAACCGCCGUCCGUACACUCUCCCCUCCUUUCCCUCCAAUAAAAUCCCAGAAGCUUAAAAAAAUACCAUCCCUGGUUUUCCGUCAUCCCUCCGUUUGUUCGACAGCUCCCACCGUCGUUAUUUUCUCAUGUGGCGCCAAACGGAAAACCGCUCCCAGUUUUCUCUCCGAAGAUAGAUGAGCAAUGGGCUGUAUCCUCGGCAAGCACGUGUCAAGCACCGAACCGAAACCGCCUGGAGCUGCUGAAAACCCAGGCAAAGCCGAGGAGCCGUCAGGUGCCGUUAUAACCGCCGUUAACGGCGUCAGGAUCCGGAAGAACAGGGAAGGAAGGAGGGAGACGAGGAGCAGCGAAUUCCAGCGGGAGCAUCAACGGAGACCGUCAUCGCUGCGGAAUCUCCACGUGCCGCCCGUGGGAUGGCCGUCGUGGCUGUUGGCUGUUGCUGGCGACGCCAUUGAUGGGUGGGCCCCGCGGCGUGCAGAUACUUUUGAGAAGCUCGAUAAGAUUGGGCAGGGAACAUAUAGCAACGUAUACAAGGCGAGAGAUCUGAUUACUGGCAAGAUUGUGGCGUUGAAGAAGGUCCGGUUCGAUAAUUUAGAGCCAGAGAGCGUGAAAUUCAUGGCAAGGGAGAUUCUAAUACUGAGGCGGCUCGACCACCCCAAUGUGGUUAAAUUGGAGGGCCUCGUGACCUCGAGGAUGUCGUGUAGCCUCUAUCUGGUCUUUGAAUACAUGGAACACGACCUGGCGGGCCUUGCCGCUUGCCCCGGGAUUGAAUUCACCGAGCCGCAGGUCAAAUGCUAUAUGAAACAAUUAUUCUCUGGGCUUGAGCAUUGUCACAACCGAGAGGUGCUGCAUCGUGAUAUCAAGGGUUCAAAUCUACUUCUUGACAAUCAUGGAAGUCUCAAGAUAGCUGAUUUUGGGCUGGCUUCAUUUUAUGAUCCUGACCACAAACAGCCCAUGACUAGUCGGGUUGUCACUCUCUGGUAUCGUCCUCCGGAACUCUUACUGGGGGCCACAUAUUAUGGUGUUGGAGUUGACCUUUGGAGUGCUGGCUGCAUUUUGGCGGAGUUGCUUGCUGGGAAGCCAAUCAUGCCAGGACGGACAGAGGUGGAACAACUACACAAGAUUUUUAAGUUGUGUGGUUCUCCAUCAGAUGAAUAUUGGAAGAAAUCGAAGUUGCCACAUGCGACUAUCUUUAAGCCGACACAGCCAUAUCAGCGCUGCAUAGCAGAGACUUUUAAAGAUUUCCCACCUUCGUCACUACCCCUCAUUGAAACUCUUCUUUCGAUUGACCCAGCUCAACGGGGCACUGCAACUGCUGCUCUGAAUAGCGAGUUCUUCAAAACGGAGCCUUAUGCAUGUGACCCAUCAAGCUUACCGCAGUAUCCUCCAAGCAAAGAAAUGGAUGCGAAAUUGAGAGAUGAAGAAGCUAAAAGGCAAAGAGGUCUUAGUGGAAAGGGGCAUGGUGGUGAAAGUACGAAGAAAGUCCGAGUUCGUGAUCGAGCCGCCAGGGCUGUGCCAGCCCCGGAAGCAAAUGCUGAGCUCCAAGUAAACUUGGAUAGGCGGAGAUUAAUUACGCACGCAAAUGCCAAGAGCAAGAGCGAGAAGUUCCCGCCACCCCAUCAGGAUGGAGCAGUUGGUUUCCCAAUGGAUGCAUCUCACAAUGGCCUGACAUCAUUCGGACCAUCCGAUGCUUCCUUUGCCGCAUCAAUAUUUGACAUGAAGAAGGUGCCCAGGGUUCCAUUGUCGGGACCCUUGGGGAAUCAAUCAGCUGCUGGUGGGCCUUCUAGAAAAAAGAAAACCAUCAAGGAAGAACCUCACAUGGCUCCAUCUCGGACUUUCAUCCGCACAUUCAAGCAACCCUCAAUCGGGAUCUCGAUGGAUCUUCGGAAGGACACAAACAACAAGAGAGUCAAGGGAAAAGAAGUGGUUUCGGAGGUUUUUGGCAGCGGCAUGUAGAGGUAUUAGGAGAGUUUUUUUUUCUAUAAUUACUUGGGUGUCCCCCUUUUUGUGUAAUUCUUGAAUUAGGCUUUUCUUUUUUGUUCAUUUGUUACAUUCCAUCCAUAUAAAUGUUUGGUGGAUAAUCCACUCAGUGAAAGAUGAGGAAUUAUAGGGUCCGGCUCAUCAGCAAAUGUACAGUUGGCUGAGUUGGCUUCCUGCAUUUGGGGUCCAUGGUGCAAUUAUCGAAACCCUUGAAAUGAUGAGCCACAUCAUGAAUGGGGAAUGCCCUCAAAACUCUCAGAUGGAAAUGUUUACAACCCCUAUUUCUGAAAACGAAUGUUUACAACAUUCGGCCACGACACCAGAUGGUCAGGACAGUCGAAAUCACAGAUUUCCAGGUUAACCCCAUCCAUGGUGUGGCCCAUCAUGUCAAUGCUUUGGAUCAUUAAACUAUGGUCCCCACUUGCACGAUAUUCAACACAUCAGCAAACCACAUGUCAUGAUAUUCGUGAGCAGGGACCCUGUUUUCCCUCAUGUAAGACUUAACAUGGUAGAUUUCUCUAUCCUGUAAAUUUGUGCAGCUAUGGGAAGCAGAUUGGAGCUUAUUACAAUCUGGAAUCAUGUUUGGGUCAUUUUCAGUUUAGCUUCCAUUGUACAUAGAUGUUCAUUUUCCAAAUGUAGUAUAGUUCAUGCCUCUA